GGCGGCUGCCGGCGGUGCCUCCCUGCGCCUCGCGCCCCUGGCGGCUCUUGGCUCUGGGCGGCAGCAGCUGCGCCUCGGAGGUCUGGCCCCGGUCCGCUCGCGCCGGAGCAGCAGCAGCAGCAGCAGCAGCAGGAGGUUUCGCAGCCUCCCGGGGCGCCGCGGCCACCAUGACGGUCGCCAAGCUGGAGCUCGAGGAGUGCCUCAAGGACUCGCCGCGCUUCAGGGCGGCGAUUGAGACCGUGGAAACGGAGGUAUCUGUGUUGGAGACGCAGCUGGAAAAGCUGCUGAAACUCUGCACGGCUAUGCUAGAGUCCGGGCGCCACUAUUGCAGCCACAGCAAGAACUUUGUCUCUGGCGUUCAGGACCUUUCCCAGAAUUUCCAGGGGGACACCAUGACGACUGAAUGCCUAGGAAAAUUUUCCGAGAGCUGGAACAAAAUGAUUGACAGACAUGAGGAACUUUUGGACACAACGCAGGACUCGUUCAAGCAGCAGCUGCAGCGCCUAGUGAAAGAAGACAUGAAGCAGUUCAAGGAAACCCGGAAGGAAUUUGAACGCAGCAGUGAAAGCCUGUCCAGCGCCUUGCACCAUAACGCGGAGGUUCCCCGCCGGCGCCACCAUGAGGCCGAAGAGGCAACUGCAGCGCUGAAGUCCACACGCACCACGUUUCGCGACCGCGCUCUCGACUACGUGCUCCAGAUCAAUGUGAUCCAGUCAAAGAAGAAGUUUGAGAUCCUGAAGUUUAUGUUGACGUUCAUGGAAGCCCAGUCGUUUUACCUAGAGCAAGGGUUCCGUGUGGCCCAACAGCUGGAGCAGUACCACAAGGACCUUGCAGCACAGCUCCAUCAGUUGGUUUUGGAGUCGGCCCGAGAAAAGUGGGACAUGGAGCAGAGGCACACAGUGAUCAAGCAGAAGGACCUCUCCCAAGAGGACGUCGUCCCCGAAGUCCAGACAGAGCCAGGCGGGGUGGUGAUGGAAGGCUACUUGUACAAGCGUGCCAGCAACGCCUUCAAGACGUGGAGCAGGCGAUGGUUUUCCAUCCAGAGCAACCAGCUGGUGUAUCAGAAAAAAGCGAAGGAUGCCCUGACGGUGGUGGUGGAAGACCUCCGGCUCUGCACGGUCAAGCCCUGCCCCGAUCACGAACGCCGCUUCUGCUUCGAGGUGGUCUCUCCCUCCAAGAGCUGCCUCCUCCAAGCGGAUUCGGAGAGGCACCAGCAGGCCUGGGUGUGUGCUGUUCAAAACAGCAUUGCGUCUGCUUACAACGAAGGCCAUAUGGAAUCGUCUGGGCAGCCCCUGGAACGGACGGCCUCCCUCUCUGCGGGCACGCUGCAGUCUCCCUCCGGUCGCAAGCUGCGGGGCGGUGUGGACAAGCAUGUCGUGGACCGCGUGCAGCACCUGGAGGGCAACGCCCAGUGUUGCGACUGCAGGGAGCCGGUGCCAGAGUGGGCCAGCAUCAACCUGGGCAUCACGCUCUGCAUAGAGUGCUCCGGCAUCCACAGGAGUCUCGGGGUCCAUUUCUCCAAGGUGCGAUCCUUGACGCUGGACUCCUGGGAACCGGAGCUGGUGAAGCUGAUGUGCGAAUUAGGCAAUCGCGUUAUCAACCAGAUAUAUGAGGCACGGGUGGAAGAGAUGAACAUCAAGCGUCCGCAGCCAGGCUGGUCGCGGGCAGAGAAGGAAGCCUGGAUUCGGGCCAAGUACGUGGAAAAGAAGUUCAUCACCAAGCUCCCCAAGCCAGGGGUGAGACCAGGACGGGUUGGGGACAGCCAUGGGUUUGAAAAGCCCCCCAAACCAGUCCUUAAACCGAAGCCUCUACGCCAGACUCGGCCAGCUGCAGGCAGAAGCCAAGGCAGCUCAAGUCCUGUCCCAGGGUCACGGGAGGGCACUGCUUCGGGUGCCACCCCCACUGCAGAAGACCUGCCCAGCUUGCACCCAGGUGCUCUGCUCUACCGCGCAGCGGCGGCACCUCCCAGCCUGCCCACGAUGGCGGACGCCCUGGCCCACGGCGCGGAUGUCAACUGGGUGAACGCAGCUCAGGAGAGCCGCACCCCCUUGCUACAGGCCGUUGCCGCAAAUUCUUUGCUGGCCUGCGAAUUCUUGCUGCAAAACGGAGCCAGCGUCAACCAGCCCGACAGCAAGGGGAGGGGACCCCUUCACCACGCCACCUUCUUGGGCCACACCGGGCUUGCCUGCCUCUUCCUCAAACGUGGGGCCAACAUGAACGCAGUUGACGGGGAAGGGAAGGACCCCCUGAGCAUCGCCAUCGAUUUGGCCAAUGCGGAUAUCGUGACCUUAUGCCUCCAAAGAUUGCGAUUAGCCAAGAUGCGUGAGGCUGAGCUGGCAAUGGGCCAAUCAGGAGAUGAAACCUACCUCGACAUUUUCCACGACUUUUCUCUCAUGGCAUCCAACGACCCAGAGAAGCUGACGCGGCGAAGCUAUGACCUGAAAUUGACGACGCUGUGAAAUGUGCAAUAAAACUCCCCCCUCCCCCAAAAGGAAGGGGAGUAUUUUGGGGGGGAAGGGUCUCCUUUCCUAGACUCUGGGGAGAGGAGCAGGCCCCAGGCACAGCUUCCAUGGGGUGAGGAUUCUGGGCGCAAUUCCUCAAGGCUGCUCUUCAGAGACGUGCUUUAUCCGUCUUUCUGCUCCAGCUGUUUUGGUGACUUUGCAGAGAAGGCUGCCAAAGGGUCCCUGUGGAAGAUUAUGUGCUGGGGCAGCAAUGAGGAACGGUACUCUUCAGAUGCUUCUGCUUGCCCCCCCCUCCUUUUUUCUUCUUAUUUAUUCCUCAUCCACAGGUCAGAAGGCAGUCCUGUGGCGGCAUGUUCAUUGCUUGGUUGAUAUGAAAUUGAUGUGCAUUCCCCGUCCCCUCCAGGGUCCAGCCAUGCUUGAACUCCAAUUUCUAUGCCUUCAAGAUUCAAUGGACUCUUCCCCCCCCCCGAGGGAAUGGGGGUGCAGAGAGUUUACAGAAUAAACAUGACUCCUCAAAGUGCGGGAAGCGGUGCCCGUGUGUCUGUGCAGCGGGUACUGUGGCUGAGGUGGUUGCCAUCUGGUAUGCCAGGGUUUCUCCCCCUGGGGUCCCCAAAGGAGGAUACAAUGAAUAUUUCUAUACCGCUUUUCAGCAAAAAGUUCCCAAAGCGGUUUACAUAGAAAUACGUACAUAAGAUGAUGGGAGUCGUAGCCCAAAAAGGCAGAGAAUUCCUGUAGUACAUUAAUGGGGCAAGGUUGCCUCAAGGUUUCCACAAACAUGUUUCCGUUCGGAACUUGCUAUUGGCACGCUCACCCAAAGUGUAGCCUCAAGUAUACGUUCAUAAAUAAUCCUCUCCCUGCUUCUUUUCCCAACAAAAGGGAAAGCUCACCUUUAACUCUUGAUCAGUGUUUUGGUUUUUCAAUCAUUUAAAAAAUUUUCCUAGGGCUAAACUGUGCCAGCAGUAUGCUAGUCUUGCUUGUGUUUAGGAACAUAGGAAGCUGCCAUAUACUGAGUCAGACCCUUGGUCUAUCUAGCUCAGUAUUGUCUUCACAGUCUGGCAGCGGCUUCUCCAAGAUUGCAGGCAGGAAUCUCUCUGAUGAUGAUGAUUCGAUUUCUAUACCGCCCUUCCAAAAAUGGCUCAGGGCGGUUUAUAUAGAGAAAUAAUAAAUAAAUAAGAUGGAUUCCUGUCCCCAAAGGGCUCACAAUCUAAAAGAAACAUAAGAUACACACCACCAGCAGUCACUGGAGGUCCUGUGCUGGGGGUGGAUAGGGCCAGUUACUCUCCCCCUGCUAAAUAAAGAGAAUCACCACAUUAAAAGGUGCCUCUUUGCCAAGUUAGCAGGGUGCCCUAUCUCUGCCCUAUCCUGGAGAUGCUUAGAACCUAGAUAGAUGCUCUUCCCAGAGCAGCUCCAUCCCCUGAGGGGAAGAUCUGACAGUGAUCACACUUCUAGUCUCCCUUUCAUAUGCAACCAGGGUGGACCCUGCUUAGCUAAGGGGACAAGUCAUGUUUGCUACCACCAGACCAGCUCUCCACACGAUGGCCCACAGUUUCCCCCCAGUGCGCUCGCAUCGGUGAAGGCAGGCAUUCUCAGUUUAUGCUCACAACCCCCCUGUGAGGUAGACUAGAGUUGGGAGAAAAGGUCGUUGGACCAGAGUUGCCUGGAGAGGUUCAUAACUGCACAGAGACUGAAACCUGCCUUGGGGUUGUUUUUUAACGAAAGGCGGUAUAGAAAUGUAAAAAUAAAUUAAAUAAAUAAAUAAAUAAAAUCCAG